AUGAUCACUGAGAAGGCCCUGGAGGAGGCUCCGGCUUCCAGUAGUCUAGAAAUCGUAUCUGUUUCCGAAGAUGAGCUGCCAGUGGUGGACAUCGCCUUCUCUUACUUUAGAUUUUUCCUAGCAAAAACAAAAGUGGAUCCGGGAGAAAACAGAUCGGAGACCAGAGAAAGUGAUGGAUCCUCCAAGUGCCAUCCCGUCAUCCCCAUGAAAUAUGUCAUCAUCCUCCUCCUCGCCGUCCUGGCUAUCGCCCUGGUGAUUGCUACCGGCCUGAUUGUUCACUACACAUGUCCUGGGAAGAUCCGCUGCCAAUCCUCUUCCAAAUGUAUCCUGAAGUCCAAACGGUGCGACGGAGUCUACGACUGUCCAGACGGAGAUGAUGAACUCAGAUGUGUGCGGCUUAGCGGCCGGAUCGGCAUCCUGCAGGCGUUUGCCGCCGGCUCCUGGAAAACCGUCUGCUCUGAUGGAUGGAAAAGCUUGUAUGGGAAUUUGACAUGUAAGCAAUUAGGGUUUUCAAGUUUUGUGAGCAUCGGCUCUGUGGCACUGACCGCGGUGGAAGAACGGUUUAGACGGGAGUUUGUGUCCAUCACAAAAUCUUCAAAUCCUGACAUGCGGGAAACACUACUACAGCAGAUUCUACAGGGAAGUGAAUUCUGCUCCUCGGGAAAUGUCACUACAGUAAAGUGUGUGGUUUGUGGAAAUCGACCCAGUUAUUCUUCAUCCGCACGUAUCGUGGGAGGGAACAUAUCUGCAGAGGGACAGUGGCCUUGGCAAGCCAGUCUGACGUUCCAGGGCAUACACCUGUGCGGAGGCUCGCUCAUCAGUCCCCAGUGGAUAGUUACUGCCGCUCACUGUGUAUAUGACUUGUAUUUUCCAGAAUCAUGGAGCGUGCAGGUCGGGCUGGUGAACCAACCUCUGGAACCUCCGACUAAUUCGGUUCUGGUUGAAAAGAUCAUAUACCACAGCAAAUACAAAUCAAGCUCCAUGGCCAAUGAUAUCGCCCUCCUGAAGCUGGCCACACCCUUUACGUUCAAUGGUUUAAUACAACCAAUCUGUCUUCCAAAUUAUGGAGAAGAUUUCCCGGAGGGUAAAAUCUGCUGGAUAUCAGGAUGGGGAGCCACGGAGGAAGGAGGGGACACAUCUCAGACAAUGGACUAUGCUGGGGUCCCACUCAUAUCAAACAGAGUCUGUAAUAAAAAAUAUAUCUAUGGUGGAGUCAUAAGGCCAUCAAUGCUCUGUGCCGGCUUUCUGGAAGGUGGGGUGGAUACCUGUCAGGGGGACAGUGGGGGUCCCUUAGCCUGUGAAGAUAAGAAACUGUGGAAACUGAUGGGAACCACUAGCUGGGGUGUCGGCUGUGCGCUGAGGUAUAAGCCAGGAGUGUACACCCGAAUAACGUCUUUCCUGGACUGGAUCCACGUGCAGAUGGAGCAGGAACUGGAGUUUGUCAUGAAAUUAGAGAAGAAGGAGAAUAAGUCAGAAGAAGAUCAGAGACAGUUCGGUGUUCCUUUGGCGUCUGAUAAGACUGUUCAUCCGGUUAAUUGUUUGGAAUACUUAGGCAUUGUAAUUGACUCAGUGAAGGGGGAGUUUCGUCUUCCAUUGUUAAAGGUUAAUAAGAUACGCUCUGCUAUACCUGAAUUGUUGGCCUUCACAGGACUCACCGUAUGGAUCGUCGGCCAUUCCUUUGUGCACUGGGCCCAGCAAAGAGUGGUUAAGAGAUCAUACGGUGAUAACCUCUCCUUCUCCAUAGAUGAAGUCCGGAUUUUCUGGAAUGGGGUUACAGUACAACGUUGGGAAUGUUUGAUGGAUGUCAUUCUUGAGAUGUGCUCCUUGUAUUCAGAUUCUGACGUUAUUAUUUUUCAUGCAGGUGGUAAUGAUAUCGGAAAACCAAAUACUUGCUCUACCGUCUUUCCUCACAGAUUAGAGCUGAUUACAGGCAGCCAGACCGUUUAA